AUGGAAAAUGCUGGUGAUUGCAUUGGAGACUUAGAGAGGUGCUUGCGCAAAGUGGUUUCAAGGCCUUUAUGGAAGAACGAACCUUUCUAUCGUUUCCGGCCACGACCUGGAAACCUGGGUGAUUAUGUGGCGAUUGUGCGGCUAGAUGCUCUAGAUCCUCCUAUGGAGUUCGUGGGAGAUGCUUACAAACUGAAGAAGGUCGCUAAGCAUUCUGCUGCCCUACAGGCUUUGAACUACCUUGAAUUACAGAGCGCGGAGAAUAUUCGACUCGCAACUUCCAAGGUCAGUUCUGACGGGGGAGAGUUGCAAAGUGCACGCCGACGAAAGCGUAAAUGGAUGAACGUUGAGCUCUCUGGAGAGGGAUUGAACCAAGACGAAACAGCGCAAGCUACCUCAUUUGAUUCUUCAGGAUUGCCACAGGCUCCCGAAGCGAUUCGAAAUUUGGCGAAUGCCAAGGGCCGUCUACUCGAAUUUUUGGUGAAGGAAGUGCGCCGCUCGCUCGACGAAGAAGAGGUGCAGUGGAACUUUGACUUCUCCGUGCAAGAGUCCGGUUUUGUCGUGUCCCUCAAUCUAAACGUGGAGGGCUGGGCAGUUGGCACCUUCAUCAGUGGAGCCUUCAGCAGAAAGAAAGAGGCAGAGCAAGAUGCAGCAAAGCAGGCCUUGCUCCACUUGCAGAAGAUCAAGGCAAAACGUCCACAGUCAUUGCCGGCCACUUUGCGUUUGCCAACGGACAUCACUGUGGAGACACUGCUGGAGCGUUAUUUACCUGCAAAUCUCAGAGAAGGCGAGUAUGACGUGACCUAUGCAGGAUACAUCGUGGAUCGCGAUGUUCCCUUGGGAAUGGUGACCUGCCCCUUGCCUUCGGCACACCGGGAGAAGCAUGCGUUUGGAAGUUUGGAAGUGGCUUCCUCUUCAAGCCACCUCAAAACACAUCUCGACCCCUGUGCGCCUGUGACUGUGAUGAUUAAGGGAGAAAAAAAGCUGUGA